AUUCGCAGCCAUAAUGAUUUGAGAGCAAAUGAGCAAGGUCAAAAUGGUCAUUUAGUGAAAAACCCUAAAAACUAAACCCGCCCGCCUUCACUAUAAAGUUUAAGGUCCCUCAUUUUCCCAAUUUUCUCCCUACGUUUUGGAGAAUUUUCUGACUCAUCGGCGACCUCUCUGGUCACCAUCAUAAGCUGUAAAAAUGGAAGAUGGAUCAUGGAAUCCAUCGGUUUUUCAAAAGAUAAGUGGGCAGUCCUCGUUCGCCUCUAAGCUUUCGUCGAGCAUGUACACCAGGAACUAUAGCAUGACUGGUUUAUAUGGAAGUGGUUGUCAAAGCCGUCUGCAUCCUGGACUUCAGGGUACUAGUUUGGCAAUUGGGUCAUCCCUCUCGCCUGUCUUUGUACAAGCACCAUCUGAGAAAGGUUUUACUGGCUUUAUGAUUGAUUUCCUCAUGGGAGGAGUCUCGGCUGCUGUCUCCAAGACUGCAGCUGCUCCUAUUGAGCGAGUUAAACUACUGAUUCAAAAUCAGGAUGAGAUGAUUAAGUCUGGACGACUGAGUGAACCAUACAAGGGAAUUAGUGACUGCUUUGCCAGAACCAUGAAAGAUGAGGGUGUUAUUGCUCUUUGGAGAGGAAACACUGCUAAUGUUAUCAGAUACUUCCCCACACAGGCUUUAAACUUUGCAUUCAAAGAUUAUUUCAAGAGGCUGUUCAACUUCAAGAAGGACAAAGAUGGCUACUGGAAGUGGUUUGCUGGGAACUUAGCUUCUGGUGGAGCUGCUGGUGCUUCAUCCCUUUUAUUUGUUUACUCCUUGGAUUAUGCCCGAACACGUCUGGCCAACGAUUCAAAGGCUGCCAAGAAGGGUGGUGAGAGGCAGUUUAAUGGUUUAGUUGAUGUCUACAAGAAGACCAUUAAAUCUGACGGAAUUGCUGGACUUUAUCGUGGUUUCAACAUUUCCUGUGUUGGAAUUAUUGUGUAUCGAGGGCUCUACUUUGGAAUGUACGACUCUCUCAAACCUGUGGUUCUGACCGGGGAUUUACAGGAUAGCUUCUUAGCUAGUUUUUUACUCGGCUGGGGGAUCACAAUAGGUGCUGGAUUGGCCUCAUACCCAAUUGAUACAAUACGUAGAAGGAUGAUGAUGACUUCAGGAGAAGCUGUGAAGUACAAGAGCUCUUUUGAUGCGUUCUCUCAGAUUGUCAAGAAAGAAGGAUCUAAAUCCCUCUUCAAAGGAGCAGGUGCAAACAUCCUCCGUGCUGUGGCUGGCGCUGGUGUGCUUGCAGGUUACGACAAGCUUCAGCUCAUUGUCUUGGGAAAGAAAUACGGAUCCGGCGGCGGCUAAUGUGUUAUAGGUUUAGCAACGACUAUGAUGAUGAUGAAAGAGUGAUGGCUUGUUUAGGUUUCUUUCGCAAAGUUUGAAUAAUUUUUGAAGGAACCAUAGUUGUCCCAGUAUUUAGGGAGUUUAAUACAGAAAGUAUAGCUUGUUCGAACACAUUUUCAAUUUUGAGUGGUUAUUUUUCUCAGUA